AUGGCAAUGGUGAAUGAUGGUAACAAUGAUGAUAUAGGAGACACGUUUCCGAUAGGAAUGCGUGUUCUUGCUGUUGAUAACGACCGAGAAAGCCUUUUCAAUUUAAAGACUAUGCUCCGAAGGUGUCAAUUCCAAGUAACAACGUCUACAGAUGCAACGACAGUACUGAGGAUGUUGAGAGAAAACAAGUUUGACAUUGUAAUCAGUGAACUUUACAUGCCUGAAAUUGAAGGACUUAAGCUGCUUAAGCUCAUGCAACCUAUGGACAUACCUGUUAUAUUGUGCUCCAAUGAUUAUGACAGAAAGUUGACGAUGGAAGCAGUUAAUCUGGGAGCAUGUGAUUAUUUGCAGAAACCAAUUAGAAUUGAAGAGCUGCAGAAUAUUUGGCAGCAUGUAUUCAGAAAGAAGAUUAAUUCUAAGAAGCAGGAAGAAAAGAUAAAUUCUAAGAAGCAGGAAGAAAAUGAGAAUAACGACUAUAAAGAGCCUGGUCAUAACAUGGAGCACCCUUCAACACAAAAGAAGCAUCGGGUUAUUUGGACGGAGGAGCUGCACCAGAGUUUUUUGGCCGCUGUUAAUCAGUUAGGAGGUGUUGACAAGGCUGUAACUAAACAAGUUCUUCAAGUGAUGAACGUUGAGGAGCUUACUAGGGCGAAUGUGGCCAGCCAUCUUCAGUAUUAUAGACGAAGUCUGAACAAAAUCAGCUCUAAGCCAACUCAACAAGUUAAUAACGUCAGUGCUUUUAGAUCCUCUUCAUCUGGUGGGAUGAUUAGAGGAUUGGACACUCCUGUUGCUCUGUAUGUGCCAGAGUUGUCUUAUUCUGCAACUCUUCAAUUGGAUCUUGCACAGAACUUAAACAACUCAACCAAUGAUCAACGUAAUUUAUAG